AACAAAGGAAAAAAUACUCCAACUCCAAUGUCAUCAUGCACGAGACCUCACAGUACCACGUACAGCACUUGGCCACCUUCAUCAUGGACAAGAGCGAGUCCAUCGUGACGGUGGAUGAUGCUAUCCGAAAACUCAUCCUGCUCAACUCAAAAGAGAAGAUCUGGACACAGGAGAUGCUGCUGCAAGUGAACGACAAGUCCAUCCGCUUGCUGGACUGCGAGUCGCAGGAGGAGCUGGAGGAUUUCCCCCUGCCGACAGUCCAGCACUGCCAAACCGUGCUCAAUCAGAUGCGCUACUCCUCCAUCCUCCUCCUGGUGUGCCAGGAUUCAGAGCAGCACAAACCCGACAUCCACUUCUUCAACUGCGAUGAGGUGGAGGCGGAGAUGGUUCACGAGGACAUAGAAAGUGCCCUGGCAGACCACAAGCAUGGGAAGAAGAUACGGCCACAGACACUCAAAGCAAACCAAGAGAAGAUCAGACAGAGACAAUCCAUCCUCCCACCGCCCCAAGGGCCGGCUCCCAUCCCCAUCCAGCACGACACGCGAGGCUCUGGGAUGAACAAGAACCGGGUGGCACCCCCUUCCCAGCACAAUCCAGAUUACGAUCGACGAGGCUCUGGCUCUCACGACCACGAGGAGUCCCGAGCCAUCCUGGCACAGAAGAUUGAAAAAGAAACGCAAAUCCUGAACUGCACCCUGGAUGACAUCGAAGUGUUUGUCGCCAGGCUUCAGAAGGCUGCAGAAGCAUUCAAACAGCUCAACCAAAGGAAGAAAGGGAAGAAGAACAAGAAGAAAGGGCCAGCAGAGGGCAUGCUGACUCUUCGAGCAAGACCCCCAAGCGAGGCUGAGUUCAUCGACUGCUUCCAGAAAACCAAACUGGCUUUUAACCUCCUGGCCAAACUGAGAAAGCACAUCCAGAACCCCAGCGCUUCCGAGCUGGUGCAUUUCCUGUUUGGACCACUGGAACUGAUAGUCAGUAGCUGUGGUGGCCCUGAGCUCGCCAGGUCUGUCACCAGCCCGCUUCUCUCGAAAGACGCCACAGAUUUCCUCAGAGGACACCUGACACCAAAAGAGAUAAACCUCUGGGACUCCCUGGGAGAGACAUGGACCAGAUCCAGAGCUGAGUGGCCCCGAGAAGCAAACAUCCCCACCUACAUCCCCAAAUUCCGCAACGGCUGGGAACCACCCAUGGAAAUCUUCCGCGGAGCUCCCUGGGAAAUAGACAUCGGACACCUGCAGGAAGAGCUCUCAUCAGCCAACGGAUAUCCUUACCGUAACUCCUCGCUCAAGCGCGGCCAGGCCGCUGAUCAGACACAAGCUGUGGACGCCUUUAAACAGAACGUGACUCAGCAUGUCAACAGGAAUUUCGAGGCUCAGGGAAUGGCUCCCCCAAAGAGAUAUGCCAAAAUCCGCUACGACUUCACCGCGCGAAAUGCCAACGAACUCUCAGUGCUGAAGGAUGAGAUCCUGGAGGUGUUGGAAGAUAAUAAGCAGUGGUGGAAGUUGCUCAACCGGAGCGGGCAGGCUGGUUAUGUCCCUUAUAACAUCCUGGAUGUGGUGAAACUGGAAGAGCUCGAACAGUCUAACCAGAGGUACAAAGGAGACCUGAGCCCCAGGGGAUAUGGACCAUCCAGCCCAACUCACAAGCUACCUGCCAGCUACGCUGGGGAUAAAUGGGGAAGUGAAAUGUUAUCGCGCAACUCUCCCCAGGACGCCAAAGAAC